CUCAGCACCAGCUCAUCCUUUCUUCACGCGCUUCUCCCUCCUCCUCCCUCAUCCUCGAGGCCCGCGUGACGCACACAAACACCACAGAACACUCCUCGCGCUCCUCUCUCGCGCCUGCCUCGUUAUGUCUUUGAUCCCCGCCGCCCUUCCAUCAUGCCCGCUGCCGAUCGCUACCUGCCGCCGAUGCUGCUCCUUUUCCUGCCGUCCUCGCUGCUGAUCUGCAGACUGGAUGGGCUGGUGAGAGCGGAGGAGGAGGGCGGAGGCCUGUCCUCAUCCCCCGCUUCCUACGGGGACAAUGGCCACCCUGCCACUGAGGGAGACACCUCAGCUCUGACUACAGAGACCCAGUUUUCCCUAAAGGUGCUGGUGAGAGACCUGGUGACCCGCCGGCCAUUGGCAGGGGCCUCAGUAGACGUCUACUUGAACCACACCUUCAAGAGUUCAGCCCAGACAGGCGAAGAUGGGGAAGUCCUGCUCUGGGUACCGUACAACCCGGGUGUUAGUUUGACUCUACUGGGCGUUAAGGAGGGAUAUGUACCCACCCCACUGCCUUGGAGCACCACCAAGAGACCAAUUUUCUCCGCUGUAACUUUGCUGCUGCUCCCUCAUAAUCAGGGAAACAUCUGGCUAUUUGAAGACUCUGUUCUUAUCACCAGGAAGUUACCCGACAGUACCUCCCAACCGAGGAUCAAGUUCCCCAAGAACCUCCUCAGCGUUCCAGAUAAAAGCAACAUCUCUUCAUUGAUGGCGUACUUGACUGUGCCGCAGCACCAUCUGGCGAAGGAUUGCGCCAAUUGCACCCCGGGCAUCGUCAGCAGUAAAUCAGUGCUUAGAAGCAUUGAGCUAAAGGCAUUGGCGGCCAUUAGCGUUCAGUUGUACUCUGGUGGUGAGGAGCUUGAGGUUCGAGGGCCCAUCCAAAUCAGCCUGCCGCUGGGACACAACAGCCACCUCAGAGCCUCGAAUACAGUACCCGCCUGGGCCUUCAACAUGAAAACAGGUGCCUGGGAGAAUCAUGGUCUGGGGAUAGUUGAAUCAGUUGGUAAUGAGCUGGUUUGGAAGUACACAGCAUCUCAUCUGGGCUACUGGAUUGCUGCCCCCCAUCCUUCGGCAAAAGAUUAUUUUGGACAUGCAAGCUCUAUGGAUUUCCUCUCUUACCACACCUAUCUUUUGGUGGGAAUACUGGGAGGAACUCUUGCCAUAGUAAUUGGAUUCCUGUCCUUGCUUCUAUGUCACUGCGGCAGUUCCAGUCGAGAACCCAAAAGGAGGAGAAGGGCCCGCUUUUCAAAACUCACCGUGGUAAAGAAAGACCAAACAACCUCCACCCACAUGGAGGAAGGUUUGCUCCUCCGAUCUGGUGACAACAGCCUCACCUCUUGCAGUGUCCAGUGUGAACCAUCCACACCAAGACACAAAGCCAACUAUAACAUCUAUGUGGAGGAUCCAGGGAGUCUGGCUGCAGCUCCUCUUUACGAUAAUAUCGCUUCAGAUCGGAUGAAGGGAUCUCAGCCUCCGCCACACUACAUUAACAGCGAGGAAGUGGCUCGGAUACGAGAGAAGGCAGAUCAAAAUCGGGCCAAUUUAAACUCCGACAGCUUCUUUCAAGAUAAGCUGGUUCACAUCUACAACCAGCCGUUGGCAAUUAUUCAGGCUCCGGAGCUGUUUGGUGCUCAGGAGCAGCAGCUACCAGGCUGCAAGUCUGCCACUUUCCCCAGGAAUGGAGCUGAGUAUGAUGCUCAUUCUGAACCUGCAAGUAAAGACAACUACACCCAGACGCUACCUAAAGUCCACUCUCAGAGUGGGAGCAGUCCACAGCAGAGCAAUCAAGAUGAACCUCAGCCUCUGGAGACUCCCCCACCCGGACAAGGUCCUAACGCUAGUGUCUGGGGACGCUACUCUAACCUCUUAGAGUCCUCUGUAUCUGUUCCAGGGACUCUCAAUGAAGCAGCUGGUAUGGAGUCCUUUAGUAGCGGCCAUAGCAGUGAGCUACAAGGGAUUUCUGAGCGCACCUUGCUGGAGUUGACUCGUGGGAAGUCCUCAUCAGCUCACCCCAGGGCUUGGUUUGUUUCUCUGGAUGGAAAACCGGCUGCCCAGGUUCGCCACUCCAUCAUCGAGCUCCAGAGCCGGCACAGGCCGCCAAGUAGCAACGACACCAGCCUGGACUCUGGCGUAGACAUGAACGAGCCCCAGCAGAACAUCCGUGACGUGGAACGUGAAAGGCCAUCGAUGAGGGCCUCCUCCCUGCCACAUCACGGCAGAGGAGGCCGGUACGGGGAGGAGCAGGACCUGAGCAGCAGCGAGAGCGGAACCACUGCCACUUGUACACCAGAGGACCCUUCCCUAAGGAACAUUCUCGAUGGAAGCAGUGGGGCUAUUCCCAAUAUUCCCGAAGAGCGAGACGGGAUGGAUACAUCCAGCGCACAAGAGGACAGUGAGUCGAGAGGUACGCCGCCACCUCGGCGUCUUCGGAAGGUCAGAGAAAGAGGGAAGGCAGACAAGAGGAGUGCAAAGCAUGUCCGGGAGGGAAGACCUUUGACCAAGAGAAGUUAGAGCUCAUUUAUUUUAGACGUAUUGUUGAGUGACUGGACUGAGCUCCUCAAAUUUGUGUUUACUUAGGCAUCGUUGUUGUUGAGUCACGUGAUUGUACAACUUUGCCAAAGAAAGCUUAAGCUAACUGAAGAUGCACAUCAGCAUCUACAGUGUAUUACACUGAAUCCUGAUGCAGAUGCUGUUUAAGAAGUUUCUGCACCUUGUUCCCUCAAAUCUGAAGAUCACCAGCGAGAUUCUUCAAAGCUGAUAUGUAACAGUUCCUAGUGUUUGCAUUACAGAGGGUGCCUUCUUACAACCUGUAAUCAUGAAAUGUAAUUUGUUUUCUUGUAUUUAUUGAGAAUCCGAUCAAUCGGCAGGAUGGACAAGUGCACCUACCCUCACCAUAAAUGCCUGCUGUAAAUUGAACAAGUAGCUUUCCUUAUUCUCAGCGCUUUCACCAGAAUUUGAACACACUGCCUCAAAACAGAAGGACUUCUGCACUGAGCUGGAGAAAGACCACACAGCUGCCACAUAAUGUUCACAAUAUUCAAGAUUUUAGGACAAGAGUUACUUUUUCUUUGCAUGAAAAUGAAAGUCUCCUUUUAUGAGCGAGACAAAUAGACUGAGAUAAAAAGAGAUCGGAAUAGCUUUUAGAGGACUCUGUGAUUGAUUGUUUUAUUUUAUUCUCUGGUUUAGCCAGGAAACUCAUGUUUGUGCUGCCAAUUGUAACCAUUCCAACUCUGGGAUUUCUAUGCCAGUUAGAGAGUAGUGAAAGAGCCAAUAUUUGUUUGUUUCUGAUUUUAGAAAUGUAUUCAGGGGAUUCACUUUAAUGGUUUUAUAUGCUUUAAUAUUUGUAAAAAAGUUUUUUUUUCUUUUUUUUCCACCGAUACAGGAUCUUGAUUUUCUUUCCCAUAUUUGUGCAUGCUUUGAAUGAA